AGGCCCACAUGAGCACUCUGACGUAGUAUUGAAAUCUGGCCAGGUAACGGUGUUGGUGCAAAUAGGAAAAAUUACCUCUUUUAGUCGACUUAUCUGGCGAUAAAUUAGAGGGACAGAACCGUUAUAAUGCCCGAACCUGCCGAUAUUAACAGUCCGGAGGUAGCAAAGACACAAGCAGGAGGCAGUGGACAAGGGAAAGACGAGAACGUUGUGAAUGGACACAAGGAGGGGGAGGCCAAUCCUUUUGCAGAGUACAUGUGGAUGGAGAAUGAGGAGGAAUACAACAGACAGGUGGAGGAGGAGCUUCUGGAGCAGGAGUUUCUCGAGCGCUGUUUUCAAGAGAUGUUGGAGGAGGAAGAUCAGGAUUGGUUCAUUCCUGCCAGAGACCUUCCCCCUGGAGUGGGACAGAUCCAACAGCAGUUGAGUGCGCUGUCAGUCGGUGACGGGAACGCAGAAGAUAUUGCACGCAAGAGCAGCUUGAACCCAGAGGCCAAGGAGUUUGUUCCAGGCGUGAAAUACUAGAGACCCUCCAGUUAGGGGCUCCUUUAUAAAGACUUUGUGACCUCUGGUUGCCAGAGGUCACCCUCACACAUACUUCAAUCUUACUGGGGGUGUGUGGGGCUUGAUGGGGUGGGGCUCGUGGGUGGGGGGUGCUGGAUGCUCUUCUAUAAGCUUUUUAUUUCUGUCUGUCUCCAUGUUUAACGUGGGCGGGUUAAUCAGUGUAAUGUUCCUAUUGGACCGCUGCAGAUUGUAACUAGUUCUCCUGGAAGAUCUUUGUAUUAAUCUCAGAGGAACAGUUAUGUGAUUUCCACUAUUGUGAUAGUGACUAGCAGUUUGUUCCCGUGUCAUUGCCAUUUUCUUUUUCCUGUCUUUUAUUUUAUUUUCGGUAAAGGAAAGUUUGGACGGGAGGUGCGUGUCAUGAGAGUGGGUGAGGCAAGGGGCUGGGUUCAGAGGAAACCUGACAGUAUAUGGACCGUUGACAGGUGGACCAUUCAGUGAUGGACAGAACUGGUGGCAGCUGAAAACCUUUGAGGGAUUUUCACAGAAACGUGUUUUCCUGUUUCUUUCUCCUUCCUCCGUUCAAGUUCUGUCACAGUGUGCAAAUUGCAUUUACAAAAAGGAAAAAAAAGAAAUAAAACGAGCAGGUUCCCUCCUG